AUGCCCCCGCUCUCGGAAAGACAGCUGCUCGGCGGAAUCGCGCAUCUCGCGUCGGAUGCUGGUAAAGUUAUUGGCGCGUUAGUUGGCGGGCCAGAUGGGCAGAAACCCCCGGGUCCUCCCACUCCAGGUCAAGGACCUCCGAAACCUGGCUCACCUCCUGGUCCCCCGCCUGAUAAGCCUCCACCCCCGCCAGCUCAACCACCAAAACCCGACCCCCCGCCACCAAAGCCCGAUCCGCCCGCAACUGCUGCAUCAGCAGCCCCGACGGUUAAUGGGGACGGUGACGAUGGUGACAGGAAUGGUAAUAGUAAUCACCACCAAGGGAAAGGGGGCAAGCACAACGGCAACGACAGCAAUAAGGACAACAAUCCCUCGCCGACUAGUACAACACAAACCCCGCCAUCUACACAAUCGCAGCCCCAGCCUGUUGAGGGCGGCGAACCAGAACGAGCACCCGCUCCUCAAAGUUCAUCUUCAGCGAUGAAUAGUAUACCCAGCUUGAACUCAAGUGUUCCCCCCGCCUCCAUAAGCACCAGCAAUGACCCAGAUUUUGGCAUCCCGACCCCCCCGAUAGUAUUCCCCAGUCCCACCGCAUCACCGCUUCCCGCUUCAGUCUCCCCGGUCGCCGCGGCAUCCCGUCAGUCUACUAACGCUGGCGCAAUCGCUGGUGGGGUAUUAGGCGCACUAAUACUCAUCGCACUCGUUGUCGCUGGCUCUAUCAUGUUCAUUCGCCGUCGCAGAAACAGGACUGCACCUUCUGCAGAGUUCCUCACCGUCCACCCACCAGAGACGCCCUUCAGGCGAUUGGAUUCAUUCCAGGCGUCAGAGAUGCGCGCCUAUGAUGAUUCGCGUUUGGCAACGAGGGACUAUUAUUAA